GAGUGAGAAGGGAAUCUAUCCGGUUUUUUUCUUUCGAAAUCCUGUUUUCUUCCGAAAAAGGAUCGCACAUGCAUGGGAAGUGACUCGUAUCAGUUAAGGUUGUCCGGGAAAGUAAAACAAACAAAGAAGUGACAUUUCCGCUCAGGAACAAAGUGUUAAUUAUGGUUGAGAGAAGCACGUGGUAAUUGAGUCAGAGGAAUUACAUCCUCUUUUGUUCAAGUUGUGUGAAAUAUAUUUUUGUUUUGAUUCGAAGAAAAAAAAACAUAUGUUCCAAUUAAAUUCAUGGGUGACAUUUUGAACAUUUUAACAUGAGGCUGCAACAUAUGUCUUAUAUCAUUGCGGUUUUGGCUGCAGUUACAUCGUCGUAUGUGGUAUAUUCAGUGGCAACAUCACCGUUAGAAAUAACUGGUGAACCAGAAUUUGCAGAACCUAUAAGUAAUGUAACAGUAUCAGCAGGAAGAGACGUUAGUUUACCAUGUGUUGUAGAUAACCUUGGUACAUUUAGGGUAGCAUGGAUACACACAGAUCGCUACACAUUGCUCACAUUACAGAACCGUGUUAUAACGCGGAAUUCGAGGUACAAAGUCACUCAUAGUAAUCACAGAACUUGGUGGUUACACAUAUCUGAUGUACAAGAACGAGAUAGAGGAGAAUACAUGUGUCAAAUCAAUACGUCACCUAUGAAGAGCCAAACUGGCUACAUAGAAGUUGUUGUUCCUCCUCACAUCGAAGAAGAAGAGACGAGCUCUGACACCGAAGUUCGCGAAGGAAACGACGUGAACCUCCGGUGUGUCGCCAAGGGCUCGCCAGAUCCGGAAACUACUUGGCGAAGGGAAGAUGGUCAAGAAAUAACUAUAGGACGGAAAAAAGUACCGUCAAUUAAAGGAACUGAUUUGAAUAUCACCAAAGUUGGAAGAUUACAAAUGGGAGCUUAUUUGUGUAUUGCUUCGAAUGGUGUCCAGCCAGCAGUUAGCAAAAGAAUUGUUCUGAGUGUAAAUUUUCCUCCGAUGAUUUGGAUUCCCAAUCAACUAGUUGGUGCACCGAUCGGCACAGAUGUUACUUUAGAUUGCAAUCUUGAAUCAUAUCCUCAAUCAGUAACAUAUUGGAAUCGGGAAGGAGGAACAAUGGUACUGACAAAUGAAAAGUAUAAUACCGUCAUUUUAAACACUGCUCUUUACAAAGUACAAAUGAAACUGACGAUCCGAAAUCUUAAGCCAGAAGACUUUGGGCCCUACACGUGUGUAGCUAAAAAUUCUUUAGGUGAAACUGAAGGCACCAUUCGCUUAUAUGAAAUACCUCCUCCAUCCUCUCCUUCUACUUCACAAGGACCGGAGCCACAGCGCCCGAAAUCAGAAAAACUCAGAAACGGCCACCCGCAGAAUUCACAGGCCAAGACGGAAGAAACAGGCUCAACAGAAAUGCAAUACGGUCCAUCACCCAGUUUUAAUGCAAGCAGCCUUUCAAGCGAGAACUAUUUUCCUUCAACAAAUUCUAACACGGAGCCAGGUUCCGGUCCAUCAACUGCAUCAGGAGCUGAAAAGCUAAUUGCUGCUAUUCCAUACUAUGUACUAUUCAUCAUGUGCCAAUGGAUAAGCUUUCAUGCGCGUUCAUGAUCAUCUGAGGAAAAAAACUGAGAUAACUGAGAUCAUGCAAAUAUGUACACAAAAAUAAUGUAAAUGAAAGCGGUUGUACUGAUCUUCGAAAAAGUGGUAGUUUCUAAACCACAAGCCAAAACUUAAAUAAUUUGUUCAUAAUUUCAGCUUCAAGUUAUUCCAAGAUAAUCAACGCUAAUGUGGUGAUGUAUCCAUAAAAAAUGGUGUCUAUAUAUACAUACAUUUUUAUUUCUACAUUUCUUUCGCCUGUUGUUAUUAGGAAAUUAAAUUAAGAGGAUUUUUUUAUCCAAUAUGUAGAUGACUUGGAUUUUUAGCUAUUUAUAAUCUUAUCAACAUAUCUCUAGAAACUAAAUUCAUUAUUUUGGAAUUGCUGGCAUUCUAUUGAGCUUUCACCCGUGAAACAAUUUGUGUUUACCAUCUUGUCUUAAUUAUAAUUUAAUUAAAGAUACAUUCAGAGGUGAAAAUGAGAGUUAGAAAAAUACCGCUGCCAAUAAAAUAAUUACGGAUGAUUCCAAAUAAAUCUCAUUACAUUUCAUUACUGUAUUUACUUCGAACAAAAAUGAAUAACUGAUAGUUAGGAGAUAAAAUAUCAUAUAUAUUUUUUAAAAAAAUAGCUGAUUUGAUUUAGGAAAAAAAGCCUUUGCACCAUUUCUCAUCAUUUUCAGAUACUUUUCAUUUCCUUUUAGGUAUGAUACUUUUAUAAUAAAAACAUAAGGUGAAAAACUGUAUUUGUUUUUUUAAAGCACUACUCUAAUUUCAUAUUAUUUUUAUUCAGCAACGGAAAUUACAAAUGUUGUAGUUUUAGUGACAGCAAAGUUGAAAAAAAAGAUGAAAGUUAUUCAAACUACAAAAAAUUAUAAGUAAAAAUGUAUUUCUUUUCAUUAGCCUUCUACAUUAUAAAAAGUUCCGGUAAAAAGUACUGGCACCAAGAAUGCAGCAUCAAAUUUACAGUAUAAUUUAAAUUUUAUACUAUAAUUUUUACAAUAACAUUUAUUUAAUUACAGUCAUUCAGCUAUUUUAUAAUAAAUAUAAAUGUAAAAAUUACGUUAAAUUAGAUUUUUCGUUCCAUAAAAUUUAGAGAAAAAAAAAUUAUUUUGCAGUAAAAUGGAUAAGUCUCCUGAGUGCUGGCACUUUGUGCCGUAAUUCAAUCUGGAAUUUUUACAGUGUAAGUGAUUGUACAAUAGCCUGAAAUAAAGGAUAAAAAUAAAGACAGUUUGUUUUGCUCUUGAGCUUAUUUGACCUAAAAACACACUUUUGUGUCAUCCGUUUGAAAUGCACAGCAUCUUUCUCAUUACUAUAGAUAAUCAACUGAUCAAUGACUUAAAUAACUUGCAAAGAUAAAUGGAAUCUAUGUAAGCUCUCAAAAAAUACGACACAUGUGUAGUAAAAUGUAUAAAAUUCCAAAAAAAUUCCCAGUGCAAUUUCUUAACUAUCACGGUAUUUAGAAAGAUUUAACUACAUCAAGAAUACAAAGCGUAAUGCAUUUUUGCAACUUCGUUGAAAAUAAAAUUUUGAAAAGUUGUAUUGAGAAAAAAAUAAACUAAUGCAAAAUAAGUCAAUGCAAUUGAAAUCUAUUAAAAAUUAAGUAAUACCAAAUGAAAUAAAUACAACGUAAAGCAAUGAAAAUACGGACGUAAUAAAAAAUAAAAUCUAUAUUAAUAGAUUUGAUAGUAAAAAAAAGUAGGAUUGAUUUAUAAAUGGGUUUUGAAGACGUUAAGUUUUCAGUUAUAAGGGAAAGAAGAAUAAUGUUCUCUGACAAAUCAAUAUGGAAAUAAUCUGAAUUAAAUCGAUUUUCCUAAAAAGGAAAAAGAAUAACAUUGGUUUAGAGAUUUGGUUUUUUGAAUUAAUCUUGAUAAAAAAUUAAAAUUUAUAAAAAGAGAAGAAAACUUGUCAUGAUUUAGUUUUGCUAUCAAAUAAAUAAGAUUCGAAUUGUGAGAUGCAUCAUGUAUAUGUUUGCAGUUAUAAUUACUUAAUAUACAACAUUAUUUUCUUACCUCUGAAUAUAUCUUUCAUUUUUACGGAUGUCAAAUAUCAUCCGUACCUCGCAUAUGUUGGUGCUUAAACCUACAGGGUUAUACGUCAUAAAGAGAAAUAUUAUUAUUGGCUGUAUAUUCUACAUAAUGUAAUAUUGUAUAUAUUUAGUUAAGCAGUAGUUGCUGGCAUAUAUAUUUGUUUUCGUGGUACAGCUUGCAGUGGCAAUAGUUGAAACUUAAAACACUUACUUUGUAAUCUUAUAAAAAAAUUAUUUUAUUUGUAUUUAAUGUUUACAAAUUUUUUUGGCAAAAUAUAAUCCUAGUAAAAUCAAAAGGCUUUUGAAAUCUAUUCAGAUAUUAAACCUAGACCCAUAAGAAGUAGAUUAAGACAAAAGUGCAAUAAGAUAUAUUUGCGUAAUUUUUUAAUGGAAAAGAUUUUGCUUCUUUUGAAUUGAUAUGUAAAAAUUUAAACUGGUAUGUGAUUUAUAAUUUAUUGAAUUUACUUCCUCAGAAGUUCUUUUCCUUACAAAGAGUAAGAUUUUUUUGCGGGUUAACAAGCUUAAAAAAAUACAACUGAGAUAGAAAAUUCCUUUGUACGAAAAAUAACCUCAACAAUAUAUCUUAAUUUCAACCUUAUUUUUUCCUUAACUACGACAAAAAUAAAAAUAAUGUUGACUUAAAGAACAAUAAGUGUGUAAGUGUGGUCCAUAUGAAACUGUAUUCAUUGGUUAGAAAUUAUUAAUAGAUAAAAAUACCUAAAAUAAGGAGCAACUAUGUUGGAAACCACAACCACUCAUCAAUAAGAACAACAAUCUUAUAGAUGAAAAACAUAACAUAGAAAGAGAAAGUUUCCCUGACAAAAGUAUAAAACCCUUUAUGUAUCCAGACCUCAGCAAUUUAUGAUCUUACUUACAAAUUUUGCAUUCGGGAAUGUCAGGAAGGAUUUUUCUUUUAUACGUAAAAAACAGGUUGCCUAUCAUAAUCUGUAACAGAAAAACUUUAAUACAUAAAAAGUAUAAUAAAAAAAAAUACCGCAUGUCUAAUAUCUAAAUGAAAUUAUCGGAAUUUGACUAUAUACAUGGAUAUUAGAAUCUCAUAUUAGCUAAGCAAGCUAGUUACGGAAUAACGGAUUUACUAUUAACUCUUUGAAAUUACCAUUGCUGUAAAAGAGGUUGUCAUUAAUGUCUUCAGGGUUCGAUUUUACUCAUUUUUUUAUAAAAUGACAACUUAGUCUGCGCUUAUUUUAAAUUUUUCAAAGAUUAUUUUUCAAUGAAAAUUAGAAUCUAAAUAAGCAAUAAUGCAUUCUGAUUCUUCUUUUUUUACGAUUUCUUCUUAACGUCUGACAAAAUAUCAAACAUCUCAUUGGUUGAAAUCCUAUGGUGUUCUAAAAUUCAACAAGCCGGUCAGAACGAGAAUCAUCUUUGAGGUUGAUAUUUCCAAUUUUAAACUCUGCGUACCAAUCGCGACUGGUUGCAGACUACCAUUCACCAAGAUUAGCUUUUAUCGUCAUAAUCGUCGUUCAAAAAAGCUCAUUUUUUUCAAUUUGACGUUCCGUUUAAACGAUCUGAAAAUUACCAUAAAUUAACUAAAAAAACGCAGUUUUCGGUGAAAAUAAAACAUUAUCUUUUGAAUGAUCUUUACAUGAUGACAAAGAUAUUUAAUGAUAUGCGUAUUGUUAAAAUUUAAGAGAACGACGGGAACAUUGCCUAUAAGCCAAAGUAUGCAAAAUGUGUUGAGUAGAGGCAUAUUAAAAAUUUAGUUGCAAGCGCCCGGUUGUACGAAGCAUCUUAUUUCGAAUGAUCUAAAACAUAAUUCAAAUAAUAUUUAAUAGCAUGUUAAUUAUUAAAAUGCAAAAAAAAAUCGUUAAGUACUUAGUUUACAGCCAUACAUAAAGUUGUUGACCAAUUUCUUCUUAUUAAACCUGCAAAAAGAAGUAAAAAGGUAAUAUACUCCUCUAGCUCUCUUGCUUUAGUUUAAGCUCAUUUCUACCGAAAUCAUUGAAGAAAAACCCCUAAAUUAAAUUAGGAAUUCCUCAAACUCUUUGGUGCACUUUGCUAUUUAAUUGUUAAAGAAUAUGAAUAGUCGAUUUUAAAAAAUGAUUUUUACUUAAGAUUAUUUUUUUAAAGUGAUCCUUUAAACUAGUAAAAAAAUAACUAGAAUUCUGGGAAAAUUAUCUUCUUACUGUGAAAUAGUUCUAAGGCAUUUCAAUUUGAAAAGAAAAAGCAGAAAAAAAGCUAAGACGCAAGCGUUUCAGUUUUUUAAAAACGUUUUCUUAACUAUUUGGAUUAAAUUAAAUGAUAAUAAGCUGAAAACUUCUUUAGAGGUUUUAAAACUAAAUGAUUUUCGAACGCAUUCAAAUUCAACCAAACUUAAGAAAGAACUUAAAUCUUUUAAAUUUAAAAAGUUACCAAAUUACUUUUAAAAAUAAGAUGUGAAAUGUUUUUUUUCCUUCUUUUUUUUAUCAGAAAUGUCAUUUUAUUCUUUCCAGAAUUCUCUAAGACUGCAAAAAAUUACCAAUUCUGUAAACAUUAUUUAGUAUUUGCUGAAUUGUGUUGUACCAAAAAUUAUGUUCCUACAUAUCAAUAUUUUAACUCAAAAACUUCGAAAUUAAAAGGAAGAUAUUGUUAUUAAAUACGAAUAUUUAUCUGUUUUUGAACUUAACAUCCUAACUAUUAAUCAUGUGGUUGUUCCUAUUGUUACAUCAAUUAAAAUGGUAUCUAACUAUUUGAAAGAAAUUUAUUCCUGUUUGUAAAAUUGUAUAUGUCGUUUAAUGUUUUAAUAUUCUCAAAGUAUCCUUGAUGGGAAAAUAAUUAUUAUUUUAAUACUUUUUUUAAAUCUGUAGUUUUAUUAAUUUUUCAUUUGUUCAUAUUUUUAUUUAUUUACUUUUAUCAUUCCUUCAACAUUUUUUUAAUUAUUGACUUGAUGUAAAAUGCAACUGUUUAUUAUAUGUAAAUAAAAUAAAUAACUUAAUUGAA